AUGUCGAGUAGUCUCUAUCUUCCCCGCGAAGCAUUGGGUCUCGCUUUCGCCGCUUGCGGCCGACUCUACAGUCCGGCCGACGACUCACCAUCACUCUCCACGAGGCGGAGUCCUCGGCUUGGACAGCUGGACGAGGAUACCUUGGAAAGCUUCCAUGUUGACACCAGACAGAAGGGGGUGAAUGGCCCGAUGCUGAGCUACGCCCCCGAUAGACAGUGA